CCCAAACCGAAGAAUAAGUAAAAUAUGUUGCUAUGUUAUUGAUGUAUUGAAAAGGUAAAUAUUUAGACGUGAGGUAAGCUGACUGAAAAGCCAGACGCUAGGUUCAUUCUGAAGUGUGACAGACAGACGGAAGAUUAACUACAUUCUUACACAAAGACACACGUACCGUAAAACAUGCGGUCAGGAUGGCUUUUGAUCCUGAGUUUCUUGCUGCACAUGGCAACAAUAGAUUCGACCUCAAUCAGAUUAGAGCCUAGUGGUGGACAUCAAGGUCGGGUCGAGAUUUACUAUAACGGAUGGGGGACUAUUUGUGACGACAUGUUCGGCUUCCAAGAGGCGGUUGUGAUCUGCCGGAUGUUGGGAUACAAAUUAGUUGUGGCCAAGGCUUACAGCUCAGCACACUUUGGUGAGGGAGGCGGUACCAUAUUGAUGGACUCUCUCCAAUGUUCGGGGAGUGAGACGGACAUCGCCAAUUGUCACUUUGACGGAUGGGGCAAAAAUGACUGUAGCCACAGUGAGGACGCCGGCGUGAGUUGUUCUGAAUUACACAUGCGACUUGCGGGCGGAAGUGGUCCAUAUGAGGGUCGUCUAGAGGUGCAGAAUACGGCCGAUGUGUGGGGUGAGGUUGUCAACACCAGUGUAACAGCAUCAGACGCCGUUGGGAUAUGUCGUACCCUGGGACUCGGAACGUUUGGUAAGAUCGUUGAUGGGACAAAGUUCGUCCAGGGUGCUCACACUCAGUUCAGAGGUAACUUAACCUGUGUCAUCAACGGUGAGUGUGAUAGUGAUCCCUUCAUCCAAACUCAUGGUGCUCCGCUUGGUAUAGAAUGUGCACACACACCAGUGAGGCUCGUAGAUGGAAGAUACCCGCUAGAGGGCAGGGUUGAAGUCCUUCACAAUGGCAUAUGGGGGACAGUCUGUGCCGAACACUUCACCCCACUUGACGCUAAAAUGAUUUGCACGUCCCUGGGUGUCGACAUGAGUCAUCAGAAUGCUACAGUUUACAGUAAUGGAGAAUUUGGAAAAGGCAGUGGACCAUCGUGGUUAUCGAACGUACAGUGUACCGGAAGUGAAAAAGAUUUUUUGGAGUGUAGAAAUACGUCAUGGUCUUAUCAUACCUGUACAUCAGGAAAUGCAGCGGCGAUAGCAUGUCCUCAAACCAAAAUCCGGUUAGAUGGUGGUGUUGGACCAUGGGAAGGCCGACUGGAUGUGUAUCACGGUGGGCGAUGGGGAUCAGUGUGUAGUCAAGGAUUCGGACAACCGGAAGCGGAUGUAGUAUGCAGAAUGCUAGGAUAUAACGCAAGAGAUGUUGUUGCUGAGAUACUGCCCAACUCUUAUUACCGACAUGUCGAACACCGAGCCAUAUUGUUAGAUCAACUUGGUUGCCAGGGAACCGAAGCUGAUAUUGAAUUUUGCCGAACUCAGGACUGGGGUGUUACCAACUGUUCCAGCACACAAGAAGUCGGCGUCCGAUGUGAGACAAAGAACAUUCGUCUUGUUGGUGGAUCACAUUCACUAGAGGGUAGGGUAGAGGUCAAGGUCAAUGGGUCAUGGUCAACCAUCUGUGACGAUGAUUGGAAUGACGUUGAUGCCAUGACCGUUUGUCGGAGUUUGCUGCAAUAUCCAAUCGAUGGAGACGUUAUCGGGAAGGCAUAUCAUGGAGGGGUGUUUGGACGGGGUACUGGGCAAGUGGCACUAUCGGGCGUACAAUGUGUCGGUUCAGAAGAGGAUCUAUUCCAAUGCCCGACGACUGGAAAAAGGCGUGUCAACUGUGAUCAUACCAGAGAUGCGGGGGUAGCCUGCUACAUACAAGGUUAUAACACAACACUUGUCGGCAGUACAAACAUCACAAGCGACAAAGAAGGAAGUAUCCACAUCUCAGGAAAUGCGAUAUGUGACGAGAGUUGGGACGAGGAUGACGCAAGAUCUGUUUGUAGGUCGCUAGGUUAUUGGAGCAGCUCACCGACAGUGUAUCUGGACAACUGGUUUGGAUCAUCGUCUGGUGGUGGGAAUAACAUCUCUCCUCACUGUAGGGGAAACGAAGCCAAUCUGGUAUUCUGUCCUCUGGCAAAGGAGUGGGGCAAAGUCACAUGCUCUACAGGUGACAUCGCUGGUGUCAGGUGUAAUCCAACACCCCUUGGUUACCGUCGUGUGAGGCUAGAGAACGGAGACCAGCCUGGUAGGGGGCGCCUCCUGGUGGAAUACAAUAGCAACUGGGGAUAUGUAUGUCAUAACGGCUGGACGGAGCGAGAUACGGUGGUAGUGUGUAGGAUGUUACGUUACAGAUCUUACAACAUGACGUCGACUGCAUUAUCCAAAGGGACCACCAAUCCGAUGCUUAUUGGAAAGGUAGAUUGUCACGGAAACGAGACAGACAUCGGGCUGUGUAAAGCAAACUUGGAUAAAUCUAACUGUACCGACACGGUGGUAGGACUAGAUUGUACAGACAACGUCAAAGCGCGCCUGGUAAACGGUUCCACGGCCCUGGACGGUCAUCUAGAGGUAUUCAAGGACGGACAAUGGGGCAUGGUCUGUAGCAGUGCGGUAGAUACCACCGAUGCAAAGGUGUUCUGUAACAUGCUGGGUUACAGCCAUACAAAACCGAUUCUUAAAACAUUUACUGGUGCAGAAAGUCACGUGUCCGUCAACCAGGUCACGUGUGAAGGAUGGGAAGAGCACAUUGGUCAAUGUUUGCACCAAUCAGUCUCCGGGUCUGGAUGUAGUCAUAAUGACACGUAUGUCAGUCUGCAAUGUUUCAAUUGUUCAAGCAGUUAUUCGACAGAGACAGGUGAAAUUUAUUCUAUGAACUACCCCCAAAACUACGAAAACAAUGCUGACUGUUUGUACGCCAUCAUACCUCCUUCAAACGGGGUUUAUGGACUCGUCAUCCAGGAUCUGCUCAUGCGUGACGGUGAAGAUUUUAUAGAUAUACGAGAGGAACCGAAUGGCCCUAGCUUGGGAACUUUCUCACAUGGUGACGUAUUUCCUGUUAUACCGGGCCGGAAAUUUUACGUGAGGUUCCAAACCAACGGAGCUGGAACUGAAAAAGGCUUCAGAAUAACAUGGAAGCCUCUGACGUUAGAGGAUGCAAUGACCUUGAACUGUGGCAGUACCACCUGGAAUGCUGUCGUCAAUAUGACGAUGCUGAAGUCGCUGUACCCGAAUAUUGGGGUGUCCGACAUAUAUCUCUCAGAUCAGUCUUGUACGGGGACUGUCGUUGAUGACCUUGUGGUAUUCCAGCAAUCCUAUACAGAAUGCUCGUCCUCCAAAACGACGACAGACAGUGAAAUCAUCUACCACAACCAACUGGUGAGCCCAAACUCGGCCACAUCCUUCCCUGUUAUAGUUCACGGGUACCGUUGGCGGGUAGACAUAGAUUGUAAGGUAAAGCGACAGACGAACGUUACCCAUAACUACAUACCGAUUGCCCCGACCGCAACACAGACCAUAGACUCCGGUCAUCAUCACCUUUCUGGGUCUUCCAACUACGACAUACACCUCGCAUUUUACCAAGACCCAGGCUUCUACCAGCAAAUACAGGGAAAUCCUAUUACAACACACAUUGGAGACAACGUGUAUGUCAAGGUCGUUGUCAACACAAAUGACCCGGAAGUAAAAAUGAGACUAAACACAUGCGUAGCGAAGCCAACGGCAGAUGCAGGACCCGCUCUAACUUAUCCUCUCAUAGCAAACGGGUGUGUAGUUGACCAGGAUACCACGAUACUAUCUCAGAGUUCACACGAAACAAAGUUUCUGUUCAACGCGUUUGAAUUUCCGGCAAAUCACAACUCUGUGGUGGUGUCAUGCAACGCCACCUUCUGUAGGACAGAUGAACUAACAUCCCGUUGUUUACAAACCUGCCAGUCGCGAAGAUCAAAUGAUGAAACUAUGAUCACACGAACCAACUUACAUAAACUCAUAACUAUCUACAUUUCACAGGACGAGGGAAGAAACAGUAUCUAGCUGCUAAAGUAACUACAUGUAUAUGUAUUAUAUCAAAUAUAAAGUAAUACAUCGAU